AGGAGCGCGCAUGCGCGGUCGCCUUUGUGUGGGUCGAGCGGCGGCGGCGGCUGUGGCGGUCGCACUGGCUGGCGGGCAAGAGGGGAGUCCGGGCGGCGGCGUCCGGCGCGGGAGCCGGGGUGCCACCAUGGUCAAGAAGCGGAAAGGCCGCGUUGUGAUCGACUCGGACACGGAGGACAGCGGCAGUGACGAGAACCUGGAUCAGGAGCUCUUGUCCCUAGCCAAACGGAAACGUAGUGACUCUGAAGAGAAGGAGCAACCUGUUAGUCAGCCUGCAGCUUCUUCAGACUCUGAAACAUCGGACAGUGAUGAUGAGUGGACAGUUGGAGGCUCAAAAAAUAAGAAAAAAGGAAAAACUGGGAAGAUAGAGAAGAAGGGAACCAUGAAAAAACAGACAAACAAAGCUGCUUCCUCGGGUAGCUCUGACAAAGACAGCUCAGCUGAGAGUUCAGCCCCAGAAGAAGGGGAAGUGUCUGACUCGGACAGUAACAGUUCCUCCUCCAGCUCAGAUUCGGAUUCUUCCUCUGAGGAUGAGGAAUUCCAUGAUGGAUAUGGAGAAGAUCUCAUGGGAGAUGAAGAAGAUAGAGCACGUUUAGAACAAAUGACAGAGAAGGAGAGGGAACAGGAACUGUUUAACAGGAUAGAAAAGAGAGAGGUUCUCAAGAGAAGGUUUGAAAUUAAGAAGAAAUUAAAAACAGCCAAGAAAAAAGAAAAGAAAGAAAAAAAGAAAAAACAAGAAGAAGAACAAGAGAAGAAAAAACUCACACAGAUUCAAGAGUCCCAGGUCAUGUCCCAUAACAAGGAGCGACGUUCCAAGCGGGAUGAAAAACUAGACAAAAAGUCUCAGGCCAUGGAAGAACUGAAAGCAGAGAGAGAAAAACGGAAGAAUCGAACAGCUGAGCUGCUUGCCAAAAAACAGCCAUUAAAAACAAGUGAAGUGUACUCUGAUGACGAAGAGGAAGAAGAAGAUGAUAAAUCCAGUGAGAAGACUGAUCGCUCAUCUAGGACAUCAUCAUCUGAUGAAGAAGAGGAAAAGGAAGAGGUCCCUCCAAAGUCACAGCCAGUUUCUCUGCCUGAAGAGUUGAACCGGGUGCGGCUAUCACGACACAAGCUAGAACGGUGGUGUCACAUGCCUUUCUUCGCUAAGACAGUUACAGGAUGCUUUGUACGAAUUGGCAUUGGGAACCAUAACAGUAAACCUGUCUAUAGGGUUGCUGAAAUCACUGGUGUUGUGGAGACAGCCAAGGUUUACCAGCUGGGUGGCACCAGGACAAACAAAGGAUUACAGUUGAGGCAUGGCAGUGACCAGCGAGUAUUCCGCCUGGAGUUUGUCUCAAAUCAAGAAUUCACAGAAAGUGAAUUCAUGAAAUGGAAAGAAGCGAUGUUUUCUGCUGGCAUGCAGCUGCCUACCUUGGAUGAAAUCAACAAGAAGGAAUUAUCCAUUAAAGAAGCUUUGAAUUAUAAAUUCAAUGAUCAGGAUAUUGAAGAGAUUGUAAAAGAGAAAGAGAGAUUCAGAAAAGCUCCACCCAACUAUGCCAUGAAAAAAACGCAGCUUCUGAAGGAAAAGGCCAUGGCAGAAGAUUUGGGAGACCAAGACAAGGCAAAACAAAUCCAAGACCAACUGAAUGAGCUGGAGGAAAGGGCAGAAGCCCUAGAUCGGCAACGAACAAAGAAUAUUUCUGCCAUCAGUUACAUCAACCAGCGAAAUCGGGAAUGGAACAUUGUUGAGUCUGAGAAAGCCCUUGUGGCUGAAAGUCAUAACAUGAAAAAUCAGCAGAUGGACCCCUUCACGAGGCGGCAGUGCAAACCAACUAUUGUCUCCAAUUCCAGAGACCCUGCUGUUCAAGCUGCCAUCCUGGCUCAGCUGAAUGCAAAGUAUGGCUCUGGUGCGUUACCAGAUGCUCCAAAGGAGAUGAGCAAGGGUCAAGGAAAGGACAAAGACAUCAACUCUAAGUCAGCCAGUGACCUCUCGGAGGAUCUGUUCAAAGUGCAUGACUUUGAUGUGAAGAUUGACUUGCAAGUUCCCAGUUCAGAAUCAAAGACACUGGCUAUCACCUCAAAGGCUCCCCCAGCCAAGGAUGGUGCUCCAAGAAGGUCUCUGAACUUAGAAGAUUAUAAGAAACGACGAGGACUUAUUUGAACCAGCCCAGCCUGCUGCUUCUGACCCUGCAUGAUGUUCCUCUUCUCCUCUUCUCCCUUGGUUUGCCCUCUUUGGGCUGGAGCAGCAGGGGUGCUGGGAAGAGACUUUUUAAACUGCCAGUCAUCUGUAACAUAAAACCAUUUACUGUAUAGAUCUCCCUCAUCUGCCCACCCUCCCUCCCCUCCUGCUGCCCCACACCUGUGUGGAUUCGAGCUCUCUUGGGUUUUAUCUGUCUCUUUCAGUUUGCAUUUUUCUUUUUAUUUUGUCAUCACCACAGUUCAUUGGGCCACUCUGCCUAUGUUCAGUAUUAUAGCAGAGUCAGGAUUCCUGCCAGAGCCUGUGGGUGGCAGCAGCUACCCUCGGCAAGCUUCUCCCUGUACCACCUUGGGCAUGGCCAUCAUGCUUUGGCACCUGGCCCAUGUUGGCAGGGAUGGGGACUGGUCACCUACAGUCUUCCUUCUCUACAUCUUUCUCCUCUUUCUCCAUCUCUGCAGAAGGGAGUUUUUGAAAACUGGUUUAGUUUCCAAAAAGUGUACAUUUUAAGAGGGAGGGGUGUGUGUGUGUGUGUGUGUGUGUGUGUGUGUGUGUGUGUGUGUGUAUACACACGUGUGUGUGGAUUUUUUCCAGGUGUUUUUUUAUCAUUUUUAAGACGCAGUACUCUUUGUAUCAGUCUGUUAUGGUUCUCUACGGCUGUUUCAAAUUUCUAUCAGCUGUAUUUGAGCAUCUGAAACUACAAGAAAGAAACCUAUUAAAUGUGAUUCUUCUUAUUAAACAGACCUGGCUACUAUAGCUGUGUGACUCCCUCCCUGAUUCCCUGUCACCUCUAUGAACUCAGAAAAACUCCCUAGUAAAGUCCUUGCCCAGCGGAUGGGGAGGGGUUGAAGGUGGGGCAACAGUCCAGAGCCACGGUUCAAGGGAGGACAGUGAGACUUAACUCCUCACUGAUCCAUGGAAUGCAAAAAGUGGCUUCUCUGCUACAGCGUGGAGUCUCUGCUCUCAGCCUCAUGUACGUCUGCUCUUUCUAUGCCCCAUAACCUUAGGCUCCAAGAAAUUGUUUUGCUUUUUAAGCAAUUCUAAAGUUAGCUUUUUUUUUUAAAAAGAAAAAAAGGAGAAAUUGUUUAACGUGAGUGGAACGGACAUAAAAAGGCAAAUUGAAAAUGUUACAAGCAUGUGCAGUUGUGUGUGUGCAUAUAUAUACAUAAAUGAUAUAUAUCAGACGUACACAUCUCUAUGUGUGUAUACAUGCAUAUAUAUGCACGUAUAUGUGUAUAUGAUAUAUAUCACAUACGUGUGUGUAUGUGUGUGUGUGUGUAUCUUUAUAUAUAUAGUUGGUGCAGCUAAUGUAAUGCCAGCACAAAGGUGUGUGUGUGUCUUUAUGGAAUGUUUGAAAGGAGAUGAGCUGACUGCUUGAUAAUCAUUCUCAGGUGUAAAGCUCCAAAUGUAAAUAAAAGUGACAUUUAACAAUUCUUUUCAGAACAAAGUACAGCUAAAUAUACUAAACCAAGAGCUAAGCUAAAAGAACAGCUGAGGGCUUGAUGAUUUCUUUGGAGGAAAGGGGAACUGAGUGUUCUGUUUUGCACCUCUCUAGUCCCUGAUUGACAACAGGGAGUUGGGGGAGGGGAGAGAUGAAGAAAAGAUCAGGAUUAAGUUGUAUUUAAUCUUAGAAAUGAAAUGGAUAGCUUUCCUGAGCUUAUCAGAUCCUCAGUGUUGUUUUAACUUAGUUUACAUUUUUCCUUUAAAAAAAAAGCAGAGAAUAUUUUAAAGAGUCCGUUGUGAUUGUGUAAAAUCAGCAAAUGGACUUUAAAACAGGGCUGCUGCAGCCGCAGCUCUGCUCUGUUGUGUGAAGGAAAAUUGAUGGGCUUAUUAAAAAAAAUUUUUUUAAAAAACUUAUUUACUUGAAUAGUCCAUUGACUGAAAACCCACCCUUUGUGGACUAUUGUGUAAAUAUGGAAUCACAGACUGUUAAACAUUUUCUGGACUCUGUGCCUGAGUCACUGAGGCCAUUGGGGCCUCUCACCUAACUAUGUACUUGGACUUUUUUGUUUUUGUUUUUAAAAGAAGCGAAUUUACAGAAUCAACCAGAAUUGCUGGAGUCAUUUUGAUCCACCAUGUAGAUCUGUAUUUAGCAACAUUUGGAUUUGGAGAAGCGCGCCGAUGAUGUUACAGCUGUGUAAUAAAAUUUGUAUUAAAAAAUAAUUGCUAUUUGCAUCACAGUGUAGCUGGUUUGCCACCACCUUCCCACAUACUACAAAUGAAACCUUCAGCCUGAGGCACUGAAGCACAGAGGGGCUCCCAUUUGGACUGACUGCAAUAUAGUUAGAAAAAAAAAAUCAACCAAAGAAGACUUGAACGGUGAACUUCACUCAUCACCUGAAUAGCCCACCUGUGGUUUGGCCUCCCUCCCCAAGACUGCUAACUUUUCUCCAGGCUCAUGCGAAGCAGGUGUAUCAUUUGGUUCCAAAAAACUGGCAUUGUCACAAAGCUGUGGUCUCUGGGGCUAUGCAGAGUUAUUGCAUGCCCAGAGUGAGAAGCAACAGAGUCUGGCCCAGCUUGCACUGUGGUGCUUCCGUGAUGGCGGGAACAUUGGUUGAGGGGCUGGUUUACACAAAUUUUCUGUUUCUUCCAGGAAAGGUAACACCUUCCCUUCUGUCCAUUUGCUGAGCUCAUGAUGUACAGAUCUGAAUGUCUGUCGGUCUUGCUUUUCCUCUUCUGACAGGUGUGGGGUGAUGCCUCGUUUCCCUUCAGAAGGGAUGAUUUUAUUUGCUUUUGUUUGUGUGGAGUCCUGACUUGUCACUCAAACUGUACAGAUAUCUGUAAAUAAACUUUAUGCCCUGUUUUAACAAGG